GAUUGAUUCUCGCCACUACACACCUCAGAUUUGAUCCUCAUCAAUAUCGGCAGCUUCGAAUUCUUUCCCCUUUGAGCUUCUUGCUUGCAUAAGGGUGUUGCAGACCAAGGCCUAGUCAUCGUACUGCGUUUACGUGGGGUUUCAAGCAGUCAGCAAAAUACACGCAACCAGCCAUCCACAAUGAACACUAUGGCCUCCGCAUUUGUGAUUGGAGCGAGCGGUAUCGGAAGGGCGUGCGCGUUGGCAUUUGCACGCCGUGGCGUCGACGGCCUGGUGGUGGCUGACGUGGAUCUGCAGGCCGCCGAGUCCCUAGUUGCCGAAUGUAGGGCUGAGGCAAAGUCUGCCGGGACGGCGGACGCCCUCGGGUGUGCAGAGGCUACGAGGGUCGACGUUGCGGAUGAACGUUCCGUCGAGUUGGCCGUGUCCUUUGCACGGCGUGUUCUAGGUCGAGUCGACUAUUGCGUCAACAGCGCGGGGAUUGGGGUAAAGCUGGCCAAAGAGAUCGCCGAGGCCAGCCCCGUGGAGUUCGAGGCCAUGUUCCAGGUCAACGUCAAAGGCACCUUUCUGGUUACGCGGGCCAUUUCAGCGCUGAUGAAAACGCAGGAUCCUGUGCCGGUCUUGCGCGACUCGCCCGGUAGGGGUACCACCCGAGGUUGCAUAGUAAUCUUGGGAUCUGCAGCGGCAUUUGCUGCGACACCCAAUAUGAUCCAGUACACGACGGCCAAGCAUGCAGUGCUUGGUCUGACAAAGAGUGCGGCUCUCGAUAACGCCGCCCACGGCAUCCGUGUCAACAGCGUCUGCCCGUCGUGGGUCGACACCCCCAUGGUGCGCAGGGCUCUGCAGGACGUGCCCGAGCUGGAGCAAACUAUCCGUAGCUCCGUGCCGAUGGGGAGGAUCGCCUUAGCCGAGGAGGUGGCCGACGCCGUCAUGUUCCUCUGUAGCCCCGCUGCCAGCUAUGCGACUGGCUGUAACAUGAUUCUCGAUGGCGGCACUACUCUCACUACGCAUCUGGGAUGACGAACGAUAUGUCACCGGCUCUGGUUGGUUGCUUGAAAUACAAUCAUUAGUUUAUUGAUAAUGGAGGUAGUCAGUAGUCUAUCAUGUCAAGACAUGUUGCAGCUGGUGGACAGUGCUGCUCUAUUUCUUGUUUGAGAUCAAACUUAUUUUGGUGCUCGUUCUAUUGACCUGAUUCCUACUGCCCUACCCCUACAAUGACUGGCAACAACCCCAUCAACAACGGCUACUACGUCGAUAGCUUCCCGGCAGCUGGCCUUCGUCAAGUGUUUCGUCACAUUACUGGCAACGCCGACGAUGGCAAGUCGGUCUUUCUUCACUCGGACCAUGGUAAUCACCACCGUGUGAUUGGGGAGAAACAGGCCGUCGCCAACAUCAUGUACUCAACCCAGGAGACUCCGGUGGAAAUGAACGGCGAUGUUGACGUUCAAAAGGCGCUGUCGCAAGAGCCUCCGUUCCAUUACUCCUCUGGCUCCGUCUGCCGCAUGAUGGACUUUGCACCAGGGGCCGCCUCCCCGCUGCACCGCGGGAUGACGAUCGACUACGGCGUCGUUAUCGAGGGUGUGUUCGAGUUGAGCCUCGACUCAGGCCAGAAGCGUGUCCUACGCCAGGGCGACGUGGCCGUUCAGCGCGCAACUGCCCAUGUCUGGAAGAACAUCACUGGCGGGGGUACCCUGCCCGGUCGCAUGCUGUGGGUGCUGCUGGACUGCAAGGACGUCUACAUUGGGGGCUCGGCAGGUGCCGGAGAGGGUGCCAAGGUGACAGGGGACUUGGGGAGUUUGAAAAAGGAGUAUGAGGGUAGAGGGACGUACUAGGCCGGGGUUAGGGUGUAUGCACUCCAUUAGAUGGUUUUAUUUUUUUCGGACUUUGUUUUGGUGGUGGAGGUGCUAUCUACUAGAAAUUACAAGAGCAGAUGGCAGAACAAUGAUGAAAUCGGAGCCCGCCAAUGUUUGCCAAGCUGCUUAUAAAUGAUGACACAGAUGGAUAACAAGAAACGUAACAAGCCAAAAUGCAGCUCGUUGUUAAUCCUUAUUUCAGUAUACCAGUCCAAGGAAGGUAUCCAACCUAAACAGCCUUGCCACGGUAAGCAAAAUGCCUACCUACCUGAGGCAGGCACGUGCAGGCACGCAUUACUUCAUUUGCUAAAACUAUAUUGCGCCACAUUGCAGUCGUGUUGCGACUGCGACAAUUAAGUCCCGAUUUGGCUUUUCCGCGCCGGAUAGCUGAAUUUGAUGGCUUUUUUUUUUUGUUUCAUUUAGC